AUGUCUUCGGAAACAAAUCUGAACAUUUUACAGCUGAUAAGGAAUCGAGAAUUGAACGAUCACAUUCGCACAAAGUAUACAUUAAAAAGUAACAUGGAUUACAAAUUUAUUUCAAAACUUGGAUUACACGCUCAAUUAGAAGAACAUCAAGAUAGUAUUACAUGCAUACAAUGGAAUAAAAGUGGAAGCACCUUAGCAUCAGUUUAUCAUGACCGUCAAAUAAUACUAUGGGAUCCAUUUUUACAAAAAGUUAAAACUACUAUUAAAACUUUACACCGUAAUAGCAUAUUUUCUGUUAAGUUUAUACCUGGUUAUAAUGAUGAUAUACUUGCGACUGCAUCUAUUGAUCAGAGUUCACAUACAUAUAAUGUAACUACGGGUACAAAACUAAUGAGUUGUGUUUGUUUUCAUGGAGAAAUCAGAAGUAUAGCUGUAGCAAAUGAUUUGCCUAGUCUUUAUUGGUGUGCUUCACUGGAUGGAUGCAUUAGCCAACAUGAUGUAAGAAUAAGACAUAUAUGUUCUAUCAACAAACUUCAAAAUACUUUGGUAAAGAUAUGUGGCAAUUAUGGGAGUAGAAUUGGACCUACAUGCUUAGAUAUAAACCAAAUUAGAUCUGAGCAGUUUGCAGUUGGUGCUAAUGACCAAUAUGUGAGAUUGUAUGACCGCAGAAUGAUUAAAUCCCUGUCAUCAUUUUAUAUGAAACAGCCUUCUGAAGAUGCAUUGGUAUAUGAUGGCAAUAAUGUUAACAAUGCACUCCAAUAUUUUUUACCAGGCCACAUCCAACCAAAAAACAGUGAAACAAUAACACGAACAAAUGGAAUUACUCAUUUGACUUUUAGUCCUGAUGGACAAGAGUUGUUGGUUAAUUAUGGUUGUGAAUAUGUAUACUUAUAUGACUUAGUGAAUCGAGUCGAUAAUGCAUUUUUCAACAUCCCUAAAGUUAUGAAAGUUCAUCGAGAAAACAAGGAGGUUUCUUCUACAAAUUUAAUAGAUGAUCAAAUUCCUGUUCCUCAUUUGACUCUACCAGAUAAUGUAGUACAAUUACAAUUAAAGGCAAAUGAUUUAUUUGAAAAAGAAGACUAUAAUGCUGCUAUUGUCCUUUAUAAUGAAGCUAUAAAUAUUCAUAAAAGCAGUGAACUGUUUUCGAAUAGAGCUGCAGCCUACAUUAAAAGAAAGUGGUUUGGAGACUUCUAUGCAGCUCUCAAAGAUUGCCUGACUGCAUUAGAAUUGGAGCCUAACCAUAUGGAAGCACAUUUUCAGUUGGCAGUAAGCCUGUUUAAACUGGACAAGUUAACAGAUUCUAAAAUGUAUUUAGAUCAGUUCAUAAUGAAAUACCCAGCAUAUAAAACUAGUGCCUCUAUAAAUUAUCUUUAUAGUAAUUUAUUAAAUGCACAAUCUAACAAUAAAGAUGGAAAAAAAAUUCUUGAAACGUCGGAUACUUCAUCAAAUGUUCCAGUAUGGUUUCUUAUUGACCAAGCCAAGAAGAAAGCUUUUGAUGAAUACUUUCGUAAUCAGGCGAAAGAUUAUCAUUGUAGAUAUAUUGGUCGUAAGAAUGAUUUUUGUCUUUACAACAAAGAAGCUGACUUUUUUGGAAGUCGAAAUCAAUUCAUCAUAGCUGGUUCUGAUGAUGGUUUAAUAUAUCUAUGGGAAAAAAAUACAGAGAAGAAUUUACUCACACUGCAAGGGCAUAAAUUUGUGGUAAAUUGUAUACAGCCACAUCCUUCAGAGUUUUUGUUUGCAACUAGCAGUAUUGAUAGUAAAGUCAAAUUAUGGAGUCCAUUGCCAGAUGAUGUAUGUUAUAAUACACAAAUAAUUGACUACAGCACAGCAGCUGCGUUAAACCAAAGAACUGUGAUGAGUGAUCAAUUUUAA